GAACUCCUUAAAUAGAUCAACGCAGUUAUGUUUAUUAAUGAGGAAAAGAAAGCUCAGUUAAUCAAUGAGAUGCACUAAUACGCCCUAAUUAAGGCAUAUGGCCUUGGAGUCGCUGAACCGUUCGUUCCUGAUUACUUCGGGCGAAAAACCCUGGAUUGCAGCCAGUGGGGCUUUUCCGUGGAUGAACGUGUCCAGGAUUGCCGUCUGCGUGGCAGCCCCAAACUGUGUUUGUGGAGUUCAACACGACAGCGGGCUCAGAACAUGGCGAGCAAUUCAAUAAAAUAAAGGUGGCUGAAAGAGAAGAGGACAGCCCAUCUCAUGAGAAAAUGGGGAGCUGCAUUUAUGGCGACGAGGUGGAAGACCUGCCUCCUGUUUCAUUUUGUGGAGUGCCGGGCGGAGGGGGAGGAGAAACUCAUGCUGUCCAUUCUUCAGGAGAGGGAGAGAAACACCUUGUCUUGUUGAAGACAGUGCAUUUGAAAAUAGAGGAAAAUGAUGCCCAGGGACUGUCUGUAGCCAAUCAGCAUGAUGGAGUCCUCCACGCCGUGAUGCAAAGAGAGAGGUGCAUCUUAGAGCCUCUGGAGGUGAUGACUCAAAGCAUAGGCAUUCGGAACAACCCAGAAGAGGUUGUGGCUGUAAGUUUGCCGGAAGGCAUUUACACAGUGCAGGAGAUGGAAGUGAUGCACAUCAACUGUCUGAAAGAAAUGCAAACUUUUAAUGAGGAUGAAAAGUCAACUAGGAAGACCCCAGAUGCCCUUCGAAUUGAGAGAGACAGAAGUAUGGAUGUUGUCGCUACAGAUGGAGGUAAGGGACAGCCACUUCUUGUAGCUGAAGAGGAUAGAAUAAGUCCUUUUUGUUUGGCUGAAGCAGCAAAGAAUCUGAGCAGUAGAAGUAAAGAGGAUCCUGUGUCGUUUCACAAUUCUGAAAAAAAGGACCAAAGCAAUGAAGGGGAUGUGCCACAGCAUUGCCCUUUUUGUACAUUCACCUGUUUCAGCAUUGCAGGCCUUAGACGUCACAUGAAAAAACACUCUGAGGAAAGGCCUCAUAUGUGUCAUCUCUGCUUGAAGGCCUUCCGUACAGUUUCUCUCUUGCGAAAUCAUGUGAACACUCACACAGGGACCAAGCCACACAAGUGUGGUGAAUGUGAUAUGGCAUUUGUGACAAGUGGAGAACUUUCGCGACACAGGCGGUAUAAGCAUACACUUGAAAAGCCCUUCAAGUGCACGUUCUGUAGUUAUUGUAGUGUGGAGGCCAGCAAAUUGAAGCGUCACAUUCGCUCCCAUACAGGAGAGCGGCCUUAUCACUGUACUCUCUGCAGCUAUGCUAGCAGAGAUACAUACAAGCUGAAAAGACAUAUGGUGACUCAUUCAGGUGAAAAGCCCUUUGAAUGUCUGAUAUGUAAAGCCAGGUUCACUCAGGCUGGAACGCUGAAAUUCCAUAUCCUGCACAAACAUGAGACAAAUGUGCCGAAACACCAGUGUCCGCACUGUCAAACAUCUGUCGCCAGGAAGGGGGACUUAAGUAUCCAUUUGCGAAACCUCCAUUCGUACAUAGACGUGCCGUUGAGGUGCAAUUGCUGUGACGCAGCCUUCCACGAGCGCUAUGCUUUCAGGCAACACAAGAAGACGCACAGAAAUGAAAAGAGAUUCAAAUGUGAUCAGUGCAAUUAUGCAUGCAAACAGGAACGCCACAUGGUGAUACACAAGUGGACACACACUGGUGAGAAACCCUUUGUUUGUGUCUCGUGCAGCAAGUGCUUUCGGCAGAAACAGCUUCUGAGAGUUCACUUCAAGAAACACCAUGAUUCCAGUUUUAAGCCAAAAGUUUAUGAAUGUCCUAAAUGCGGCAAGGAGUAUUCACGCUGGAGUAAUAUGCAUAAGCAUGCUGAAAAGUGUGAAGACAGAAGAGCGAUUCAGCCCAGCAAAGGAAGCAAGGGGAAAAAGAAAGCUGACAAAAAAUCCAGCCAUAACAUUCAACGAGAAGGUAGUAAUUAAGUGGAUCUCAGGUGGAGCUGCAGAGCUUGACAUGACCAGUGUUCCAGAUGUUAUGUUUUCAGGUGAUAAAUAGAACAGAUAUUGCAACAGCCGAAGCCUGAAUCGUGCACAGAGAUCGGACCGGCCACCUUUUUGGACUGCAACUUCCAGAAGUCACCAGUUGGAAUGGCCCGUGGAAGAGUCUGGGAGUCAUAGACCAAAAAAGUAUAUUUUCUAAGUUCUGUUCUCCAUUUCAGUAGUUAGUAAAAAAA